CCAUCUCCAUCUUCAGUCUUGACUAAUUACUCUCUCUGCUUUGCACUCUCUUAGAAUAUUCGCAGAAAACCUCUGUCGUCGUAGUAAUGGCGAUUCCAUUAGCAAUUGGGCUAAAAGCUCUCUUUUUAAUAUUAUGUUGCGCAAUGGUCGUCACUCUGAUUUACACCAUUUCCAUAGAUGGCCUUCCCUUUCGCAAAGACCUCCUCACACCGUGGAUGGCAGCAACUUUAGUUGAUUUCUACAUUAACGUCGUCCCAUUAGCGGCUUGGACUUUUUACAAGGAAUCGAACUGUGUUAGUGCAAUUAUUUGGAUAAUUCUUCUAGUUUGCUUUGGCAGCAUUACGACUUGUUUCUACAUUUUCAUUCAAUUCCUCAAGUUGUCGCCUCAAGAAUCUUUACAAGACCCAAUGUACCAUGUUCUACUGCAUCACGCUAAAAAGGAUGCAGUGGAAUACAAGAGGAAGGCAUCCCCUGUUGUGGCUGCAAGAAUUGGUUUUAGCAUUUUGGGUUGUUUGAUGCUGGGAACUUUGAUCUACACUCUUGUAACUGAUGGUUCUCCUUUUCGCAAAGAACUUUUUACGCCGUGGAUGGCUGCCACACUGGUUGACUUCUACAUCAAUGUUGUGGCUCUCUCAGUUUGGGUUGCCUACAAGGAAUCAAGUUUUAUUAGUGCAGUCUUGUGGAUAAUUCUGUUAAUAUGUUUUGGCAGCAUUACUACUUGUGUCUACAUUGUUGAACAGCUAUUUCAGCUUACUUCUCAAGAUCCUCUGUACCUAGUUUUAUUGAAUAAAGACAACAGGGCAGAAAACAGGUAUGAGAGAACUUAGUGUUUGGAAAGCAUGGCAUGAUGAUUUUACAGCUAAAUGGAAUUGUUAUGUCUCUGAUACUGCAUGAUUGGAUAUGGCUUAUGAAUUUUUGUUGGAUAUAUUAAUCAGUCUUCAAGUUGUGUAAAGCAAAGAAUUGUCAGUUUCAUGCAUUAUUGAUCAACUCAACUGUGAUUAUGUUGUGCAGGUGUAAAUGUAUUUCUAUUUUAAUUUUUUCUUUUGACUUGUUAUUAUGAUGUGAUUUAUUACUUAUCUACAUUGUUUCAAUUUUA